AGAGAGACCGGAGACCGCAGAUCGGACCGGCUGUAGGCUCAAAGUCAAGCUCAGCCGUCUUCAGUCGUGGUUUUCAGCUCGACGCAAGCGAACGGACGUCUGGGAAACGCGGACGCGGCUUUAACCGCACGGAAAACGCAACGAAAUCGAAAGUGUGUGCUUAGCGCGCGACUUGAAUCGCCAAGUGAUUCGUGGGGCGGGGGCAAUACUCCCAUCUAUCCAUCCGUCAACAUUACGUGUCAUCAUGCCGCCGGCUGGCCAACAACUCCGGCUUGCAGCCCUUGUUUACCUGACACUCGGCCUGGGACUCUUAUGCAAUGCCAGCGAUGGUGAAACUAGCCAAAAAUAUGCCAAUGAAUCACUCGCGGACGCAGAGGCUCCAGUUUGGUCGCAGUUUCUCGAAGACUACGUCUUGAGCCAAAGCAGUAGCAGCAGCACAAGCCAGCGAAAGUCCAAAGACCUGCCCUAUAUGGGUGGGGAUAUGGGCAUGAAUGGGCCGCUCAACUAUCACUCAUCCGCCUACAAGCGACCCGGCAACAAUAUCUACAUCACCAGGAGGAUUGGCGAGGCGGUGGAGCUGGAGCCCCAUCUGCGAAAGCCCGUAGAGAGCCAGAGUCCCAUUGUGAAUCCCCAAUUCCGACCCAUGACCAAUCAGAUGUUGCACCAGCAACAUCAGCAGAUGCAACAGCAGCAACAGCAGUUGCAGCAACGCCAGCAACCGGGUUUCUUGCAGCAACUUUUCGGCAUAGGUGGCAGUAGCGGAGGAGGCGGAGGUGGUAAUCCUUCCCAGCAGCAUGUGCGUCCUGUGUCGCUGCAGCAACAGCAGCAAGUGCAACAGGCACCGCAGCAACACCCGCAACAGCAGCCAACCACUUUCCGAGCUGUUUCCGAAAACGACCUUUAUCUGCUGGGAGCCAUUGAGAAGUUGGUUUACAGAGUGGAUUACUUAGAAAGUCGCGUGCGGCGUUCGGAGCAGCUGAUCUACUACCUCAUGGCCGGAAACAACCAGAAGGAGGUGAAGGAUCCCUGUCCCAGCAACUUCACCCGCAUCAGCGACAACUGCUACUACAUCAACAGUCAGCAGCAGGUGAACUGGAAGACGGCCAACUCAGCCUGCAAGGGUCUAAACUCGCACCUGGCCGAGUUCGAAAAGGUCUCUGAAAACGAGGAGAUCAUGGCCUAUCUGCUGAAUCAACCCGCCCACAGGGGUCGCGACUACUGGCUGGGCGGUCUCAAUCCAGGACUUCUGUGGAUCUGGUCCAACUCGGCCAAGCCAGUGAAUCCCAACAUGAAUCUCACGUCCAUUGCCAUGACCCAGAAGGGUGAGAACUCGACGGCCGCCAAUCUGGUGGACAGUUCCGAGCAGGCGGCGGCGGAGGAGGCGGCCGGCGAGGAUGUGCUGAACAACACGGUGCAGAUCGAGGGCAAGGGUCGCUGCCUGCGGCUGAGCUACAAUGCCGGGAAGCACAGCUAUGUGUACUACGGUCAGGAGUGCACCUCGCGACACUACUACAUCUGCGAGCAUGAGGACAAGACGCUGGACAACAAGAUCAAGAAGAUCACCCGCCAGCUAAAGCUCUUCGAUUGAGGAUCCGAUCCU